AUGGCCAGCAAAGCUUCUCGUGCCCAAGCCCAACGACGUAAACGUGAACGUGCAGAAGCCCUUUCUGUGGAGAAAACUCAAUUGAGCGACGUGGACUUGGUUUCUGAUUUGGAUGAUACUCACAUCCCCACCCACCCCACCCCUUUUAUCACCGUCAAGUCUGAUUCUGAAGACAAUCUCAACCCUUCCCCCGCACCUGAUCUUGAAGAGAUACACUGGGUUAAGAUUCAACACACUCAUGACACCGAGGACGACCAAUUGGAUCCUUCCGACAUGGUUCAUUUUAUCCGAGCGGGCGUAGCUGAUUCAUCUGAUGAUGAUGAAUGUGACCAGGAACUCUUUACUGGUGUCAUGUUUCCUGUCUUCACUCAACCUUGUCCGUCCCAACCAACUGUUGGCAAACGUAAGCGACGAUCUGGCGGUAUCCUCAAACACUACAGACGCCCCACAGUUGAUCCAAUCACCGGAAGAGCAAUCCAUACCAAGACUCCAACUACGUCAAAGCAUAAUUACAAGAUCAAUAACGUAAAAGCCUUAGGGAAGAACAACAAAACAAUGUCAAAUUGGCUUACCCAAGCAAAUCUAGCUUCUCGUGUCUCAUCCUUUAUGACUGGUCUGGACUCGCCUCCACACUCUGCUUUACUCAACCCUCCCGACUCUUCUCGUCUCAGCACCCGCUUCGAAUUUGAACCCAUCAAUCACUCCUCCAAUUCCAAUUCUGACCAUUCUGUCUCCGCUGAAUCUGAUCAGGAGGCUGAAAUCAACUUAGAUAUUGACACUGAAUCCAAUGUAGCAUUACUGACUGAAAACAAUCAAUUAAACAACCAAAACAAUGAUUAUCUCAACAGCUGGAUUGACCAAUGUGUUGACAAUUAUCGAAAUUCAAAACCAGUUCAAACCGGCCAAUCUUUAGCUGAGAAAACGAAGCAAACUGCAAAUGAUAGAUUUAACAAGCUCAAACAAUCUCUCAUUGAUGUGUCAAAGAAGUACCAAGACCAGGCAAAGACUCAGCCCGGAUUCAAGUGCCCAGACCUCCUCAUUGCCGAUCUACACGAGUACAACUCUCGAUGGCUGGAGCUGACAUUGGACGGAGUCACAAAGUCGCCUGCAGUGACAGCUUCAAUGUUCACUGCUCAAACCUCGGCUUGA